CUGGUUCUGAAGAAAGUAUUUUUACAAUACCAGUACUUUACAACAUGAAUUUAUCAUUAGUUAUUUUUAUUGCACAGAUUUUUUAUUUCAUUUUACUAAAUUAUAAAGUUGAUGCAAUAGUUGGUGGUGAAUCAGAUAAUACAAAUGCCCAUUCAUAUCAAGUAGCGUUAUUAAUACGAAGAAAUAAGGACUCAAAAUUUAGAUCUCGAUGUGGUGGUGUAAUCAUAAGUGAUCAUCAUAUAUUAACGGCAGCUCAUUGUAUCAUAUUGCGAGAUGGAACUAAACGUAAACUUAGAAAUAUUGUAGUUUAUGUUGGAUCGAAUAGAUUAGAUGGAAGAGGCAAACGUUAUGUCAUUAAAAAUAUAUUCAUUAAGAAAAGAUUCAGCUAUCAACCCUGGAAUAAUGACUUGGCGGUAAUACAGUUGGAAGAGAAAUUGAACUCUGAACAAGAUAAAAGUAUAUCGAAAGCGCUUUUACCAGACACUAAGACAGAGAAUUACGAUGGAAAAUUAACAGUAGCAUCUGGUUUUGGUAUUUUUAAGUAUGAAACAGUCGUCGACGAAAAUAAUCAUAUAUCAAAAAUACCGAAAUUUGCUGGGAUUCGCCAAUACAUAUAUGUACCUGUUGUGGACUGUAAUAAAAAUAAUCCUAAGUACAUUUGCGUCGGAGCUAAUAAAUACAACAAAGUUGUGCAAGAAAUUGCUGAAGGUGACAGUGGUGGACCAUUGAUAUAUGAUCAUAAAGUCAUAGGCAUUAUCGGGCAGUCAGAUAAAAUGACCACCCUUCGUGAAAAACCAGCUUUUUUGACUAGAGUUUCCUAUUUCUUGAGAUUUAUUCAGGAGUCCAUGAAAAAAGUUAACUAUGAAAAACCGUCUGGAAUACAUGAAUUGUAAAUUCACUGCUUCAUAAUCGUGACUGUUACUCAAACCAUUACGUUUG